CGGCGAGCGGCAGAGCCCUUCUGGACAGCUCCCGCUCACCCAAACAGAAGACGUCGGCGCCGGAGCGGGCUUGGACAUGGCGAGGCAGCGCGCCGGCCCGAGCGGUGGGGCCCGGUGAUCCUUCCCUCCCUCCCCGCCCCCUCCCCCUUCCCGCACGCACGCCCCGUCCGCCCCCACCCCGCCCCCACCCCGGGCGCGCCCGCCUGCCCGCCCGCAGCCCGGGGCGCACACCCGCACGCACGCUCCCCCUCCACACACUCACGCACUCCCGCGCCCUCCCCCCGCUCCCGCGACCGAGCUCCGCCACGCGCGCCUUGCCAGCCCGCCGGCCGCCCCCGCCGCCCCCGCCGCCCCCGGGCCCCGAUGGACUGAAUGAAGGCUGCCUACACCGCCUAUCGAUGCCUCACCAAAGACCUAGAAGGCUGCGCCAUGAACCCGGAGCUGACAAUGGAAAGUCUGGGCACUUUGCACGGGCCGGCCGGCGGCGGCAGCGGCGGGGGCGGUGGCGGGGGCGGCGGGGGCGGCGGCGGGGGCCCGAGCCAUGAGCAGGAGCUGCUGGCCAGCCCCAGCCCCCACCACGCGGGCCGCGGCGCUGCUGGCUCGCUGCGGGGCCCGCCGCCGCCGCCAACGGCGCACCAGGAGCUGGGCACGGCGGCAGCGGCAGCGGCGGCGGCAUCGCGCUCGGCCAUGGUCACUAGCAUGGCCUCGAUCCUGGACGGCGGCGACUACCGGCCCGAGCUCUCCAUCCCGCUCCAUCACGCCAUGAGCAUGUCUUGCGACUCGUCCCCGCCCGGCAUGGGCAUGAGCAACACCUACACCACGCUGACGCCGCUCCAGCCGCUGCCGCCCAUCUCCACCGUGUCGGACAAGUUCCACCACCCGCACCCGCACCACCACCCGCACCACCACCACCACCACCACCACCAGCGCCUGUCGGGCAACGUCAGCGGCAGCUUCACCCUCAUGCGCGACGAGCGCGGGCUCCCGGCCAUGAACAACCUCUACAGCCCCUACAAGGAGAUGCCCGGCAUGAGCCAGAGCCUGUCCCCGCUGGCCGCCACGCCGCUGGGCAACGGGCUGGGCGGCCUCCACAACGCGCAGCAGAGCCUGCCCAACUACGGGCCGCCGGGCCACGACAAAAUGCUCAGCCCCAACUUCGACGCGCACCACACUGCCAUGCUGACCCGCGGUGAGCAGCACCUGUCCCGCGGCCUGGGCACCCCGCCUGCGGCCAUGAUGUCGCACCUCAACGGCCUGCACCACCCCGGCCAUGCUCAGUCCCACGGGCCGGUGCUGGCGCCCAGCCGCGAGCGGCCACCCUCGUCCUCGUCUGGCUCGCAGGUUGCCACAUCGGGUCAGCUGGAGGAGAUCAACACCAAAGAGGUGGCCCAGCGCAUCACCGCCGAGCUGAAGCGCUACAGCAUCCCGCAAGCGAUCUUCGCGCAGAGGGUGCUGUGCCGGUCUCAGGGGACUCUCUCCGACCUGCUCCGGAACCCAAAACCGUGGAGUAAACUCAAAUCUGGCAGGGAGACCUUUCGCAGGAUGUGGAAGUGGCUGCAGGAGCCCGAGUUCCAGCGUAUGUCCGCCUUACGCCUGGCAGCGUGCAAACGCAAAGAGCAAGAACCAAACAAAGACAGGAACAAUUCCCAGAAGAAAUCGCGCCUGGUGUUCACCGACCUCCAACGCCGAACGCUCUUCGCCAUCUUCAAGGAGAACAAACGCCCGUCCAAAGAGAUGCAGAUCACCAUUUCCCAGCAGCUGGGCCUGGAGCUGACGACCGUCAGUAACUUCUUCAUGAACGCCCGGCGCCGCAGCCUGGAGAAGUGGCAGGAUGAUCUGAGCACAGGGGCCUCCUCGUCCACCUCCAGCACUUGUACCAAAGCGUGAUGGAAGGACUCUCGGGCGGGCACAGGUCGCCUCCGGAUGAGGACAACCGACACCAAAAGAGAACGCAAAGGAAAAAGACACCGGAUUCGUAGCUGGGGCCCUUCACUGGUGAUUUGAAAGCACAAUUCUCUCGAAAAGAAACUAUUCUAGCUGUAAUCAUAGGCCAGGUGUUCUUUUUUUGUUUUCUUUUGUAAUGGCGAUGGAGUCCAAGUGCAAGCUGAAAAUUCAUCUCUUUGAACCGGACAUUGUCCUCCGAGCAUGCUAAGCGUCCCAGAAACCCAAAUGGGGCCUUCCUGGAGCGAGUUAGUUUCAGUGUGGUGUCAGCCAAGCUCAGGAUCACUUCCAGUGUCAACGAUCUCGCUUUGGGGCCCGUUUCAGUCAGGGUUCCCCCGUGUCACAGUGGGAAUUCGGCCUGUGGAAGGAUUCUGAGAUUGGGCUCCCAAGACGCUACCAUGAGAGAUUCUUCUGGCAACAAGAAUGACCUCAUUUGCUUUCUGAGUGCUUGGCCUCAUCACGCCACAGUACACCAAAGUUCACAGCCAUAACAUAGAAAAAAAAAAAAAAAGGCAAAAAAACCCCAAAACAUCAGAAUGAUAAUUACUGAGCACAACUUUUAAAUAUGGAAAUUAAAAAAAAAAAAAUCCAAGGACCUGUUUUUCCAACUCAGGCAUCAUUCCAUUGAAUGGUUUAGAGAGCUUUAAGUUGAUCCAGUUUACAAUUUUCUUUUCCUUACCUCCUGGAAAUCUCACGUGGUCUUGGAUCCAUCAAAAAAAAAAAAAAAAUCAGUUCUCUCGAGCUCAACGUAUCAAGCACAACGUAGAUAAACAGAGAAGUAAGGAAGGUUCUGGAUUCACCACAUCUGGAUUUUCAAGACGCUGAUUGUGAAGUCAUGAGGGAACCGUUGGGAAUAUGGCUUCAAGCACAUUUUGCAGUUUGCUACAAAUUCUGUUUGUACAUAAUGCAGACACGCACACUCAGGAGGCCAAUUUAACUGUUACGGUACAUGGAGCAAAUGCAGCAUUUUAAAAGAUCUAGAUUUUUUUAGAUCAUUAAUGUUCCUUCUCAGUUAUCAGUCACCUGGUUCCUCCUAUUGUGCAUUGUAACCACCACGUAACUCAUUCUCACUCUUUCAGACUUCAGUUAUUUCCACAUCCAUCCCAUUGGUAGGGACGUUUUUCAGUGUUUUCUAGCAAGAAAAAAAAAAAAAAAGAAGUAAUUCAAACCACCGUACGUGUUACUCAUGAGGGUCAUCUAGUCCCAAAUCUCUUCCAUUGUCGAAUCAUCCUCGCAAAACAGCUGAGUAAAUCUGGAGAAAACACAGCACACCAAAGAAGCAGAAUACUGCAAACCAAAGACAUUUAUUACUUGCCAUUUUCUAGCCUAAAAAUACUGUGAUUACUUUUAGAAAUCAGAAAACCUCUGCAACUCCGAAUGGCAUUCAGCUCUUGCAUCUGGCUCACCAUCGGGCUGAGCGAACCGGCUAGCCAAGCCACCCAGGGAGCGGCUUUGCCGCGCCAGCUCUGGUUCCCGGCUAUCACCUUCCCACAGCGAGGGGAAGAGCGCCCACAGAACUCUGGGAGAUUGCGAAGGUCACGAUGUGCAUACUUACCAGUGAAUGGCCCCAGGGGGGCACCAUGGGGGUGUUCAAAGCAAGCCAAACGCUGCAAUGAUUCUUUACAGACACUUGAGACUGACUUUUUUAUGAAUUACUUAAUCGAAACCAAAGAAACUUUUUCUGCACCUACUUCUGCAACAAACAAGACUGUUCCAUUAAAAUGAAUAAAUAAAAAAAUACGUAAAUCAAUGAAAAUCACCACCACCAAGAAGGAAGCACGCCAGAAAAAAAACAAAAACAAAAACGAAAAAAGAGCGAGACACACUGUGUUUAAACAGACCUCUUGGGACAUUUUUUGGAAGCAGAUUGUAAAGAAAGGGUUGAGACAAGAACAGAUCUAAGGAAAAGCCUCAGCGGCUGCUGCUUCAUUUGACAACUCACACGGUAAUCUUAAAGUUGAAGAUUGUCUUUAAUUUGUGCCUAUGCAGUUUUUCAAAAGAACACGGAACAGAGCAACAGAAACCUCAACAGCUACAAUACCAAAGAUGAGGAUUUCUCACAUCUUUUGUUUCAAUUCAUUAUCUCCUCUUGUCUGGCUAAAAUACUAAUAGCGUCAUUGAUCUGUGUAAAGGUAAUCAAUUUUGUUUCUGAGCAACAAAAGGAAAGGGUCAUUGAUUUGAUUUGAUUGUUUCCCUUUAAUUUUGUUUUAUGGCUUUUCUACCCCAACAUGGAAUCUCUCAAAAGCUUCCAUGGACUCCAAGUUUAAGAUGUUGGGAUACUGAACUAUUCUCUCUACUCCUCAGAGUAUGGGGAAUAAUGUCACUUGAAUGUUCUUUGCUUAUCCCUUAGACUUGGUUCCUUCUAUGUUCAGAGUCUCAGCAUCAGGGGAGGGAAGGGGAGUGAGGGUCAGGGUUAGGGGUCUUGGUGACACAUCCUCUCCUGAACCACAGAACCAAAGAGUUUAUAGAGGAAUCAACAGCCUCAUGUUCAUGUGAUUGCUACAUCAUAAUGGCUUCAUUUGGGGGUGGGGGGAAACAUGUAAAAAUAAUUGCCAGUUUCUACUUUUCUAUUAGCUUUUUAAAAAUCAGCUGUAAAGUUGCAUUUCUAAAGAAAGAUAUAUAUAUAUAAUAUAUGAAUACAUAUAUAGAUUCAACUUGACAUUUGGUGAUAACCCAAAAUUAUUGCCGUCCAAAUCCAUGUCUUGUUUUGGUCAAGUGCUUCAUUUAUUAAGCAUUCGGUUCAGAAUUUUGCUCAUCUCUCAUGCCAUCCCAGAGUCCAUCUUCCACUGUGGGUGAUUUGGAGUAUUCAGAUUUCUGUGGAAAUUCCCAGGAAAGGUUGAAAGUCAAACUCAAGCAUUUCAACAUUUAACCUGUUGAUAAAUGGAUUCAUGGUGCAAAUGAGUUUUACUUGUAUUUGGGGUCAGCUCUAUUCUACGCCUCAACCACGAUCAAGGUGGCGAGUGAGGUCUGUCCGUGAGACCCGGUGCGCAAGUGGGGCAGGGCCAGUGGGGCGCUCGUCUUCUAUAACUGCUGGGAAGGCUCAGUGGGCCAUUCCCACUGGCUAUGGAGAUGAGGCCAGCCCAGAAAUCUGUUCUCCAGGAGCUACUCUGUCCCGUCAGGGUGUUCCAGAUCCCCUCAGUGAGCAGAUUCGCCAAAGGGAAUUCUCACAGGGGAGGUCCAACUCCUGUUGCAAUGGGUUGAUCAGUUUCCUCAGGGUGGUAAUUACCAAUUUGUAUUGACAAGCCUGUGUGCAACCACAGCGGGCGCUGGAGUGAGGCAGUGGUGCUGACUGGGGGCUUGUCUUGAUCCCGGAGAGAAAAUGCAAAGCAGGGUGCAGGGAGAAUCCCAGAGUCCUGCCCCUGGGAGCCCCACCGUCCAUUGUGCCACCUCCUUGCCCCCGCCAUGUGAGUCUCCCUUUGCAGGGGCAGCCGCCACGGAGCCGUGAAGGAACGCGACCCUCCAAGGCUUUUGUACUUCAUCCUACCUCGGAUGUUCCGGGACUUUCCCCUGUAUCCUUUUGUCUCUUGCUCAUACCCCAUUUCCCCUUUGUCAAAUGACCUAGGAAAGAGUGUAUUUCAGCAGGGGAAUGCUCCGUAUGGGUUGAGAAAAAUGAAUUUCUCAACUUGGCUAUUUCUAAAUGAAAUCCUUGUGACUUGCGGCCAACGUUCUGGAGACUGGAUUGGGGACCAAACCUGCUCGGUUUGGUUAGUGAUCCUUUGGCAGGCUAACCUCACUGUUUGGGUUCUGGCAUCCUCUGAAGAGGUCAAGACCAAAAGAGACUGCCUCUGUGGCCUGAGAUUUCCAUACUGGUAAAAUCUGGUGUAGCCACAUACACCCCCUCAGUGUUCCUGGUGACCUGAGGAAGAUGUCAUCAUGUAAAAAAGGCAAGAACUUCCCUCCAAGGACUUUUGUUAAGUGUCCCCUACUGGAUAAUGUCAUACUGGAGAGAAGCGCUUGCCUUUAGAAACGAGUUACAAACAUAUAUAAAUACAUGAGCGUAUUCAUAUAUUUAUGUAUCAAAAUUUUAAGCCCUACAGAAUUUCAACUUGUAAAAAUUCUGAAAAAAAAAAAAACAACCCUGCUAAUUGAAAGGUAAUGGAAUUUGACUCAGUGGGUUUCCUCAAGCAUUUUAAAAUUUACUUUAAGUUAAUGAUCUCAGAGAACAUAACCAUUUGGGCUUGGACUUCUACUUUAGCAUCUGUUUCUUCAAGCCAAGAAAAAUUCCAAGCAUGCCUCAGCCAUUAGCAACAAAGGGGACAGUAUGAAGGGACAGUUCUGAACCAAAAUUCACAUUCUUGAGGCAACAGAAACCUAAAGGCUACUGAGUGGAAAACUACUUUUCUUUAUUCCUGUAGGGAAAUUGGCUCAUUCUUUUGUUUUUAACGUGAUUUUGGUACUGGGGAGGAAAGUCUUUCAUUUCAGGGAAUUGUUUAACAGAGCCAGCUCAUUUCUUUCUUAAAGGAAAACAGCAACAACAAUAAAAGCUCAACCCUGAUAUUUAAAGACUUCUCCAAAAUGUAAAAUGGUAGGUUGUACCCCUUGAAGGUAGAGGAGAGAAAAAGAAAUGAAGGACCCAGCAUGACUCUGUCUCCGGAUACAUCAGAGCAUCACCUCUGCGUUUUUUUCCCACAGGCUCUUGGCAAUUGUGGGCUUAGGGAAUUUAAGCAAUUUUUCAUUCUAGCUGAAAGGAAAUCAAAACUAGGAAGGUAAACCUGACUCUCUCUCUCUCUCUCUCUCUCUCUCACACACACACACACACACACAUAUAUUCAUAUUCAUUUUUGUAAUUCCAACAGUGUAUUUCAAAGCCAAAUAUAAUCAAUCACUUAAUCUUACCUAUGCCGGGCACCUACCUUUUAAUGCCAAUCCAUUAAAGCUGAACAAAUAUUUAAAAAAAUCACUACCACCCGGUACAGGCGGGGACACUUUCCCACUUUUGAAAAUGCUGGCAGAAUUACUGCAGUGUCUGAUUACCAUUACCAAAGUGUCAUAAGAAUAUACCUUGGUGGUGAACUCUGAUUUUCAGGAGGUUGUACAGUAGGAAUUUUUAAAAAUAUAAAAAGAACAGCCUGAGUCCCAAUAUUGUUGAAGAAUAAUGGACUAUAUUAAAAAGCAGAGAAAAAGAGAUGAUCAUGUGGUUAAGGUUGACCCGAAGGCCCCAACAUGAAUACUGUGAAAAUAACAGUCAUGAUUCUUAACAGAUCAGAGAUGGUUUUUUGUUGUUGUUGCUGCUGAUGCUGUGUGAUUCAGACCUGUUAGCCUAACCGGGGGGGAGUGAGUACGCAAUGAUAGAUGGAGGUGGUGUGCCUAGAACUUUCUAAUAUUCACGUGCAAGACUGGUAGCUUAAUAAUUUUGUACACUUAGCUAAGACCAAGUCACCUGUAAAACAACAGGAGAUUCUAGCUUUCAAGUAAGGCCACAAAAUCCUUCCUAAAGGAAGAAGUCCCAUAAAUUAAUGACAUUGGCUUUAAAUAAGGACGUCCCAAAGCUUAUUUUCCGUCCGUGAUUUAUUUCCUUCCAAGGGGGGGGGGGCAGGGAGGGGGGGUUGUUUUAGAAAGCCUCAGAAUGUGUUAUAAAAUACAAAUAUAAUUAUUAAAAUAAUAUAAGGCCUUACAUAUGGGUAGACACAAAGCCUGUAAUUGAGGCCGAUGGGCUAUCGCAUGAAUCCCACCGGGACCAGAAAGGCUCAUGGUUCUCAGAUACCAAAAUGACUCUGACAGUCUGAGGCAAGUUAAAGCUACAACCCCAGCAUUCCUUAUAGGGUUUUGAAUUUGGUUGACUGGAAUUAACCAGCUAAGACCUUUGUAGCAGAGAAAAUGUGUAUAGGAAAAAACACAUUGCUACAGGGGUGUUCAUUCCAUGGAAGCCUUCCGUUUCACAGACACUUCACAGAACAUAAACCUUGGUAGAUCAGUUUGCCUAAAGCUUAUACAGUCCGUCAGCGUGGAUGUAUACGGAUUUAGGGAUGUCUCUCGACAUCCCUAUGUAUCCCCGUAGCAGCACAUAUUACCUGUGGGUAUCCACACUGUGCGGACAUGUGUGCACAGACAUCUCCAUACAUAGCUACUGUCAUCUGUUACAAUAAAUGAAUUUAAGUGAUCAUUUAACAUCUACGUGAGCCUUCUACGAUGUACCUUGCUGUAUUUAUUAUAACGUUGAAAAAAACGGAAGUGCAGGAAAGAAAAGUAUCCCAGCAUCCUCGUGGUGUACACUCGGAAUUACUUCCAUUUGGGCACAUCCAAGAUAAACUCAACUUUCAAGAAACCUUGGAUAUUGUUUAAUCAUCUGAGGAAGAAUGACACAUAUGCUUGAUGACUUCGGUUGAAUAGCUUUAUUCUGGAUCUCUCAUAACUACGGCUAAAUCCAAAGACCUGGAAAAAGACAAGAAAGAAAAAAAAAGAAAAAAACAAAAAGAAAGAAAAAAAUAGCAAAACAAAGUGCAAACUAAUAGGAGAAAAAUGAGCUCUGGUUUCCAGGGUUGAGACAAUGUGCUGUGGUGUUGUGGGGGCUGCACCAGCUACAGGGGGAAAGCGGGGAUUUUUUCUUUGUGCUUGUCACAUCUCAGUGGUCUUUAUGAACAUGAGAAAGCUUGAGAGGUUAUGAUUUCCUGCUUUAUUUUCAUUUAGACUUUCAAAAGAGGCUAUACAUUUUGUCCAUCAAGAGAAUGAAGACAGUUAAAAGAAACUUUUUUCUCCCCCUUGUCUCUUUGGGUUAUGACCCAACAAGCUAUGUACCAUUCAUGUAAUUAAUUUAUUUAAAUUAGUUUCUAGCACACAAAUGUGUAGGAUUUGGGUAAUUAUUUAAUCGUCUUACUUUGAUUUUACUCCUUGUACUUAUUUAUCAAACUAUAGACCAACGGUGCAUCAGAGAUGCAAGCUUUCAUUUAGAAUUCUCUUGAAAGGUAGUUUGCUUUAUAAAGCAGUGAAAUUCUGUUACAGACAGGGAAGAAAUACAGGUUACCAAAAAAAAAAAAAAAAGGAAAGAAAGAAAAAAAAAAUCAAGGUAUUUUUCCUUCUUGAAUUAACUCUGGAAAUAGUUUAAAUAGUGAUUAUUAAAUUAUUUAAUUUAAGUUUGCAGCCCCACCUGGUAGCAGGCAAACUUCACCUUUUAAUUAUUGGGGCCCUCAGAGCCUUCCUAUCGUAACUUAUUUAUUUAACUUAUUCAGCAUCUACAAAAGGUGCGCCGUAUAGUUUAUAUUUUUUAUUUAAAAUGAUAGAGAGCACUGCAGCUUGUUGGCUGUCAGAACAACAGAGCAAAGUGUGUGGACGAGCAGAUGACUAUUCAACCCGAACCUGUACAUUCAGACCCUGCUUCACCAGCCUGGAUUUCAGGGCGGCUUCACAGAAACUGGAAAAAAUAAAUUGAAAAGAUCGUAACAGCAAAAAGAGAGAAAACCCUUACACUAGCUGCUUCCAAGAAUGAACUCUGUGUGUGUGUGUGUGUGUGUAAAACAACAAAACAAAAAAGGGAAAAAAAAAAAGCAGAAAAAAAAGGAAAAAAAAAAGGAAAAACUUUCUAUUUCUAGUGAGAACCAAAGAAGGCUACCUCACUGACUUUUUCCAUUUGUAAUUUUAAUCGUGUUGAAGACACCAAAGAUACCAAAGAUUUCUUUCUCUGUGCGGUCUGCAUUUUGCUUGUGCUCUUUUAUAAUUUUAACUAUUCUCUCUGACAUAUGGUAUUUACAGCGGCUCAGAUACCCCAAAGAAAUAAUUAUCUAUGUGACGGUGGCUGCUAAUUUGGAAAGGGAUAUUUUCUGUGUUUCUCUCAUUUGUUCGCUGUCCCCUGCACAUGUUCAGAUGCUGCUGUAAUUGGAUUCCUUACAUCCCAGUUUCAAAUUGGUGAAGAAGGCUGGAUGGAAGUGGCCUUCAGUGCUAGCCACAACCUCUGUCCCCGCUUUGGAGCUGUCACAGUAAAGAUUUCUAAUUCCUGAACCAUAGAAAUUCUAAUCAUUGAGGGGAAGAACUGGAAGGGACCUUAGAAAUCACAUGGUCCAACCCCCAGGGGCCUGGAGGAGUGAAAUAUUUACCCAAGUCCAACAGCUGUCUGGAGGCAAAGCCCAGACGGGCCUCCUGUCCUCCUGUUCCAGAGCUGCACCCCCGGCUCAGUGCCACCUCUGCAUGAGACGGGCCACAUGGUAGCAGAGAGGAAGGUGGCAAUCCCGUAGCCACGAGCGGAGCCUGGGGCUUGUCACUUAAUGUUUUCACGCUGUGGAAGAAGCCACAGGUAUUACAGCGUUUGUCCAGUUAAAAUCUCAACGUGACGUCACCUAUGAUCAGUCGCUUGUCAAGGUGGUCGGUCUUGCAAUAUUAAAGCUCAUAGAGGGGUUUUCACCCUGGCAGUGUGCAUUGAUCCGGGUGACCACUGUUGAACCUCUGCGUUACAAAAUGUAUAUAUAAGCAUUGAAUUCAGCGAGAAGAGAAAGUUCAUUCUUGGUCUGUUGAGUUUAAUUAUUAUGGAUAUUUUUAGGUCAUAUUUAUCAGGAAAGGGAAUUAGAGCAGUACACGUGUGACACGGAAGGUGUUCGGCUUUUGGCCUCUUCCUCUUGAUUUGUAGGUGUGUAUGCUUUGUUUCUAGGCCAGCUCUGUAUUUCUGAGAAGUUUAAGCCUCACAUCCUUGGAUCCUUAAGGAUUAUUCAUUGUAAAUGAAAGAUGACCCUAAAAGUUCACAGGAAUAGACAGGCCACUUUAAGAAACAAUUGACUUGAAGUUGCUUCUCUCUUCCCUUCUUACUCAUAAAAUGAAUUGGUCUUUUUAAAUUUUCUUUUGGGUCCAUUCAAUGAUUAAAUCACCAUUAAGAUCCAUUUAUCAGAGUGAUUUGUAUGUUAGCCAAUGAAUCAUUCGCAGCUUUUGACCAAAUGGGUUUUAGACAUAGGCAAAGAUCCCCCUCUAGUCUUUAUGGCUCUUUAUUGAGUACUAGUAUUUCCCACUUCACAUAAUAGAGUUAUCUUUGAGCUUUUAAAAAGACCACUAGGCAAAGAAGCUAAGAAGGGAAAAGACCAAUCGGCUCAUGUGUCCCAUGCAUCAAAAGACUGUAGCUAGUAGAAGGCAGAGUGGCAGGCUAGGAGCCGCUUACCCCUUUCUGCAGUUUCCAAUACAGAUCUAUUCGAAAGUCCUCUCCCGUCCAGACAAGCUCCAAGCUCCAUCUUCCCCCAUACAAGGCAAACUCCUAAGGCCUUCCUUCCAUUUGGUUUUCUUCCCCAGUUCCUACUAAAAAUAGAAUCCUCAGAAUACCGGGGAGACAUAAGAAAGAAGAUCCGACGGUUGAGCAAGGGUGCUCCCCUAGAAGCAAACACCUUCUUCCCCAGCCUUCCUACCACCAAACCCCCACAAGAGGGAACCUAGAGAGAGCGACUGCAGCCUGAACACAGAAAACAUCCCUCCAUUGGCAGACCCCUCCUCAGCAACACCCCCGCCCCCGCCCCCAACCCCAGCCUCAUGCUUCACUUGCAAAGUGUGACAUAACCACGGGACGAGUGCCUUGCUUGAACCAAAGCAACGAUUUAGCCAGUCUGGACCUCUCUGUGCUUUUUUUAAUCCUUCCUGUGAAUACCUCAGCUUCAACUGGGCCUCCAUACGGUAAAUUGGUGGGCUUAUUGUACUGUGGUGCUUUGCAACGCAACCCUGCAAAGAACACGAUUUGUACUAAUACCAAAGGUUCUUUCUCUCUGUCUCCUCCUUCUGCCUCCCCCGUUCUUGUCCCUUUUCUAGUCCUUCAUGGUUCCAAAGCUUUACUAUGAACCUGGGCAUGUUGGCAAUGCAGACCGCGCAAUUCCUUACCGAAUUUUCUCAGAUAUACCUCAUAGAUAAUAGUGUUUAGAGUAAUGUUAUUAUAGCGUAUGUAAUAAAUUAUUCACUGUUUCUUUUGGUAACUGUGAUUUAAAAAAAGAAAAAAAGGAAAAAAAAGCUUUAUACGUUUUAGGUUGUGCUUUUGUAAUAGACAAAAAGGUGCGCUUAAAAAAAAAAUGUAUGUUCUUUUUUUGUUCCCCCUUUGGAUUUUAUUUAUUCUGGAUUGGGGAAAGUUGCAGAAUGAGCCCAAAGUUUACAGUUUCAUAUUUUGCUGAAGAAACAAUCUGUGUUCAUUUGCUCUGUUGAAAAAAAAAAAUUAUUUUCUACAUUUGUGCUACUUGGUCUGAACAAUUAAUUGUUCUGUGUUAACAGUGUAGUAUUAUAAUUAGCAACUGCCAAUCAGUGCUAUAAUUUUAUGCAUGAGGCUAAAACUUUAGCAGUGUGAUGCAUUGUGGUCUUAAUAGCAACAUUUUUCAUUUUGAACUAGAUCUUCCCCUUUGGUUCAAUGGACUUUUUUUAUGCAUGGGCGCCCAUCGUUUGUUAGCAAUUGUGGAACAGUUGUGUAUACAUUAAACUGUGAAAAUGUACACAGUUCAGCCUCAGACAUUGGUAAUAUUGCUUUUAUUGGGAGAUGUCUCACCUCAAAAAUACGCUUACAUCUGUUGGGAUUUCAAAAUGAGUCAGAUGGAAUCAAGUUCCAAUUUCGCGAGAAAGGUCAUUCCAAGUUUGAGUUACCAACUUGCAUUCCACAAAUUGGGAUCCUCGUGACCCAGCAGUAUCACUGUAUUUGAGAGGGGUCUGGAAAACAAGCACUGAAAAACAACUCUGCAUUUUUAAUGUCCUCGGAAAGGAGUCCCUUUGGCUUUAUGUUCAUGACCUCGGACCUAACUGGCCUGUGUAUUUGGAGAUGUGAAUUCAUCCAGCCCUCGCCUCUCCUAGAUCUCUGCCUGGGAAUGGCCACUUUCUGCUUGGUUUCUUCUGGUGUUUUGUGGUCAGGUCAGUUCUCAGUAGCACUCAAAUGGAGUCAAUAUCGGCAAUUACUCUCUGGCUUUGUUGUCCAUUCUCCCGGACAACCCCACCAACUGUUCCAGUGAUUUAGGCCAAAAUGGCCAUUUCUCAAAACACCACCUGUGCAGCCAAAUCAUGCUUCUUGCUGCCAAGAGUCAGAGGUGACUCUGUUUCCUGCCCAACAAUUUUAUGUUUGUUCUAAAGGGAGUAUAGGAAGUUUUGAAACACAGUUUUGGGAAACCAUCUUGGUUUAAACUCCCCAAUUAUCUGAGGCCGCUGUAUCUCAAAAAGUAUUUUACAGUUGCAGUGGGUCGGGCAGACUUGUUCUUCCUUACAUUUGGGGUCUGAAACUCAUUCUCAAGUUUCAUACCUAUUUCCCAAAUCAGUAUGCUUGACAUAAAGCCAAACCAACUGCCCAGCACACUUUAUUCUGCGUAGGAGAGUGCAGUUAGGGAAACAGUGGUGGGAAAACAGCCAUCUGCUAUGCAAAAUAUCGGAAAUCACCAACAGUGGAACAUUCCUAUUAUUGGUCAACGAGAAUUUGGGGGAACGUGCUUUCAUCACCAAUAGAAACAAGCAUAUUUUUUAUUUGGCCUUAUAAAGUAGCUUGUGAUAAUAAAAGCUUUGUAAUAUAUAGUCUUUUUAAUUUUUCCCCUUAUUAAUUUGCCAAAGAUGGGAAUGGAUAGAAGAAUUUUCAGUUGGCUUUUGUAAGACAGUUAAUGAUUGUAAUAGUGUUCAACCUUCCAGAAAGCUUUAUAUGUUCUUCUGCAAUAAAUCGAAUCAAUUGUUUGUUUCAGUGAAGUUCUCCUCACAUGCGCAAACCCACAGUAUCUUGGUGCAGAUUUUGUAACAUCUACAAAGUUCAAAUGCAUUUUCGAUCCAAAGUAAACAGAGGAGUGUCUGAGACAUGAGCGUGCCCAGCCCUUGGUAUUACAAGCAAUGCAUGGGUCUUGCUCACUAGGAUUUGCCAAGAAGACUUGUCUUACGAAACUCGAGGUAUAUUUUGUUAUGCCAUGUUAUGUCCUUUUUUUUUAAAAAAAAAAAAAAAACUUUGUGGAAAGUGAUAUGUUGAAUCAAGUGUAAGCUGAGUUUUCCAGACAACUGAAGUAGCUACAUCGUGAAUGUUAUUUUGUUAUUAAAAGGUUUUUACUCAAUGCUUUGUGCCCGUGGACGUCCUUUCCUUGGAGACUCAGAACUAUGGAAUUUCCUCAGCUUGGCCUGGAUUCUGCUCCUGCUCUCAUGGGGGAACGUGGCCGUGGCCUGGAAAAUUAAGGUCCUGGGCAAGAAGGUAGAUUUGGGCUCUAGGAAGAGAUCUCCUUGAGUGUCACUUUAAAGAGAGCUGGGCCAAGCUUGCUAACUUUAUACUCUCUCUUUCUCUCUCUCUCUCUCUCUCUCAAUGCCAGCACUUCUCUGAGAUCCCUUGUCCUUGAGCACAUGCCAGCAUGAAAGCAGACCCCACUUCUUACAGGAAAGGCAAGGAAGAAAGAAUAGCAAUCCCCAAUCUUCAAUGGCCCACCAAGCACCCAUCUUUCCCCAGGUGGGGCUCUGCCAGCCAAGGAUGUGGGUGGCCCAUCUGGUUGGCUUCCCCACCUUAACUACCGCAAAGCAUACAGGUCCCACAGUCCAGUCGGGCUCUUUCCAACCAGAAUCCCCCUUACCACUCUUCCUCCGCACCCUGGUUUAGUUAUGCCAUCCACUUUUGUCCACUUUUGCCGACAGUUAUGUGGAAAACAAAGAAAGGUAUGAAUGGGUUUUUCUGUCAUUUUGUUUCUAAUUCGUACUUCAGCUAGUCCCAGUUCUUUGAUCUGGAAAAAUACCAGAGAGAAAAGAACCCCUCACUGCCUCUUUGUGCCUUGCUGCUCUCUGAGGGGGCCAUGCACAUGCCCUGUGCUAUUGAUCUUUCGUAAGGGACCGGCGGAACCACAGCAGUCAAACCAACCAGGACAUGGCCCGCCAACGCGUACUUUAUCUCUGCUUGAAAGUCCUAUUUAAGAAGCUGUACAGCUUGGAGUUUCCUCCAUCUUCCUCGCUUUGACUCAGUUUGGCAUUUAGUUUCAGAGUCAGUUUGCUCUCUAGGAAAGUUUUUUUCAGAUUAUGACAGGGAGCCUGCUACCUAGGAAGAGAGGUGAAGUAUUCAAAGGCUAGCUAUUGGAUAGGGAGUCAUACCCGGAACAGAUACUUCCUUGAAGACAGAAUAUUAUUUCCUUUCUUUACUAUGCCACUUUGUGUCUAAAUGGUGCCGGCAAACUUUUCACCACACAAGGUUGUAAGACGUCUGCCAAAUUGGAAUUCCUGAAAAAAGAAGACAACUUUCACAUUAACGAAAUGGUAAGGAACAUCUAAGUUUGGCAGGCAAGGACUGAGAUAAUGCAGGCAUAUUCUUGGUGCUGGGUUUUCUUCUAAUCUACAUCGCCAACAUCCAGAUCUUAUUUUCCCCCCUCAUCCUGGAGCAGUUCAGGCUUUUCUCUCCCAGUCUAGGAUGCCAAAUAAUUUUAUGGGCAACAAUAAUAGGGACUGACCAACGUUUCAAUUAGUUCUCUUGAGACUUCAUCCUUUGCUUUUCUCCAAGAAAGUGUUUUCCUGGACUGCCGAGAAAGAGCCUGGCCAAUUUUUUUCAUCUUUCCUAUUCGCAUAUCUCUACCCAAAUUAGCAUUUUAUUAGUACAGGUACAAUAGAUUCUUUCUUGGUCAAUGAAUUCUUUCUAGAGAAGCUAUCCUUCCCCCAAAGUGAGUGAGAACAAGUUCCAAUGUCUUUUCUUUCAUGGGCUUUUGUUCUCAGGAUUGAGUGAGUCCCGGCUGUUUUCUCACUUUAGGCCCUGAUCUCAAAUGUGUUUAUUUUGGGUACUAAAAACACGUUUUAGUAUCACAUGCUGGCCUGUGGAGCUUGAAUCCUUUCUUGCAAUCUGUUGGUUGCUUUGUGGUUUUAAAGGUGACUAAGAUGAGGGGAGGGAGGAAGAGGAAAAGAGAGAAGAAUUUGCCCCAGCUCUAUUUAAAGUUUUAAAAUGUAAAGAGACUUGUUAAGCCAUGGGAAAAUGGCUGCAGAGGGUUAACACUCCCCUCCCUCAUUUGGAGCCGUGUUCUGCCACACGACUCACAGGUCAGCUCUUCUAGAAAUCCAGCCUUGUUGUAGAAACCCAGCUACCUUUCAUAGACCUCUAUCCAGAUCCAAGAUGACAAGAAAUCAAAGAGUCAUGUGUACACCUCUUGUUCUGUUUUCCUGAUUUUUCAGAUAUUAUCUCCAAGAAAAUCACAGAGGAAAGCUUUACACUUUAUUGGUCAAUCCUUUUGACAUCGCUUCUCAGAUUUAAAAUCGGUAAAACAUACCCCUAAAACUUGCACUCCUUUUUAUUUUGAAAAAGAAAACCCACACACUAGUUAAUCCACAUUCUUAUUUUCUUUACACCCUGAGCUAUAUUUCCAAAGCAUAUUCUAUCCCCGAUUUUGCCCCAUCUCAGACAUGUUAAGUUGGACUGUGCUGAAAGAUUUUCCAGGGAUGGUCAACAGGGUAUAUGUUCAGUGGCUGCCCUGAAAUCCUGGUGGGGGUGAGGAUCACACACCAUUAUCGAGGGGCUGCUCACCCCUUGAUAAGCUCCCAAUCCUUUGAAAGAUUUCUUUGAAUGUUAACUGCAUUUUCAAUUUUGCUCAUUUCCCACUCUGAUGUUUUGUCCACAACAUUGCUUACACUGGAUUCUUUCUAUUUUUAUUCCUAUCAUUAAAUGGUAGUGCUGUAAAUUCUGCAAUUAAUGUCAAAUAAACUGCUUUCAUUCAUUGA